AUGGGUCUACUCGCGAAGAUCACAAGCAAAUUUGAAGCCAGAGUGCUGCACCGAGACGUCUCGCACGCCAAUCGAAAGGAGCUUCCACCAAAAGACGACAGGCCGCGUAUCGACUAUCCUGCACCUACACCAUCACCGGCAGAAGGCAUUCACGCAAAGGAUUUUGCGCACCGCCAGGACUUCCGCAGAUCUCAGAGCGCUCGCCAUUCAGACAUUCGCCAUGAACUUCCUGUUCCCGACGAUAGUGAGGCGCGGGUCGGCGGGCAGCAACGAUACUACGCUCGAGAGCAGCAGCAGCAGCGACGAAGAGGGUCUACGAGGCAUGAACAGCGACCAGAUCAGCUACAUGAGUCUGCCGAGCCCCAUCGCGGAGAGUCCGCAGAAGCUGAACGACCGGCUCACAUUACGCAGACGUACCACGGGCAGGGAACGGACUGGUAUACUUCCGUGGAUCAUCUGGUUGAUCCUGGUCAGCAUUCUCAUCAUCUUUGUUUUCAUAGCCCUCAGGAUGCCCGAGCCAAUACAGGAGUAGAAGCUCAAGAUGAACCGGCGAGCAUUCUGCCCGCGGACGACACGGACUUGACCACUGUUGUUACAAUGGGAGCAAGGACGACUCGCGAGCGGCACAAUUGGCCUAUCAAGAUCGGAUCUGCAAACAUCAAACAUAUUCAUCGCAAAAUCAGCGAUCGGGAGCGAAAAGAGGGCGAGGUCAGAAGUGAGCGUGACAUUCAUGAGCAGUCGGAUCAAGAAAGGAGUGAAUUGGAAAGUCAGAACCAAGUCGUUCAAGCCCCCAACCUUGAACACGACAACGCAACAAGCCAACCCGACGGCAUGAAAACGUACAAUGAUGCAGAAUCAGGGCACGCCAAUGGGUCACUCGAACGGGAGGUCCAGAUUUAUCUUGAUCAACAUUAUCACGGAGCGAGAAGAGAUUUGGAGAAAAUCGCCGUGGCUGGAAUUUGA